AAUAAUUUGGCCAAGCAGUUGCAGAAGCAGUAGCAGUUUUAGUUGACCGAAGGCUACAGAGAUCUCUUCUGAAGUCGGAGCUCCCCCAUUCAUUCAAGGUUCUCAAUGCAACCAGUGAUUCUAAUUCCUCAAUUGAUCUUGUGAAGUCUUUAAAUUUAUGGGGGUUUUUUCUCAAAUUUAAGCAUAUUAGGUAGGCUGCUUUUUAAAUCAUAAAUCUUUCCUGUUCUGAAAUCUGAAUUUGGAAAAGUUAUGUAAUUUCUUGAUGGGAUGCAUAAAGAUUUCUGGGUUUUUGUGGUAAAUGUAUAAUCUUUCUUCCAGCUUUUGAAGUGUGUUCAAAACAGUGAGUCAAAUCCUCGUUGGGUUUUGUAAAGUCUUUAAAUUUAUGGGGUUUUUUUUUUCAAAAAUUUAAUAUAGUGGGUAGGCUGCUACUAAAAGGACGAACCCAAGCUAACAAAGCUCCCUCUUUGCGAGAGUGGGGAACGUCUACUGCGCCCUUAUCUUUGCUUUGUAAAAGUGCUGUUUUCUCGACUUGAACCCGCGACCUUUGAGUCACCUUUCCGCUGCGUCAAGGCUCGUUACGAAAAUUCUAAAUCCUUUCCUGUUUUGGAUUUGGCAAUAUUUGUGUAAUUUCUUGAUGGCAUGUAUUAUGUGUAUGGAUAUCGUAGUUUUUGUGGUAAAUGUAUAAUCUUUUGUUUCAGCUGUUGUGCAUUUUGUAUGAUAUGGAUGCUGCUGCUGCUCGAACCCAGAGAUUUUGGAACAUUGGAAUCCGGAGGCUGCUGUUAGUAAUCGGCUGGGCGGUUGCCAUUGUAGUUGUAUCCCAGUGUUUUGAGCUUCCCUAUGACACAACCUUUUUCUUUUUCCCUGCUGACAUUGGUUCAAUUUCAACAGCCACAAUGUUUGCCAAUGUUGGUAGCUCAAACAUGUCAAAGUCUGGCAAGUUUAGUGUUGGUGGUGUAGAGGGCCUGGUGGGUAAUGACACUGAAGUUUCCGAUUCGGAGGAAGAAACUAGGCAUGGGAAUGAUACGAGACAACAGACCUGGGUGUAUGGAUUAGCACUAGGUAAUGACAGCAGUUCGACCGGGGAGUCCAUGUUAGAGAAUAAUGUAACACUUGGAAAGAGUUAUCCGGUGGGAACGGGUGGAAAUGAAGAUGGUAUCUUUAUCCGGGGAAAGACAGAUUUUGAAAAUGGUUACUUACAGACAGCUAAUGAAUCAGUUGACGGUUACAGGGAAGACAACGACCCUGGAAUCAGCUCUGGUUUGAAGGUUAAUGAAGUUAGAAAUGAAGUUGGUCUUGUACCAGUUGUAUCACAAGAAAGCUCUACAAAGAGACCGGAAAACUUGAAUGUAGAUUCAAAGGGCAAUGUCGAACAAAAUACAGAAACCCAAAUUGAUCACCAGAAGAUUGAGCUACAGCAACCUGUUUCAGUCACCUUGGACGAUAAUUCUACAAUGACUGUAGAUUCUGUACUAAGGAAGUGGAAUCGACGACCAACAUCAAUAUCACAGAUAAACUCAUUAUUGCUUCAAAGUGCUGUUUCUUCUCGUUCAAUGAAACUGCGGAGGUACUCAGCACGUGAUCGUGAACUACAAUCUGCAAAACUGGAGAUUGAGAAUGCUCCCAUCAUAAGGGACAAUGCAGGACUUAGUGCUUCUGUUUUCCGAAAUCUCUCCAAAUUUAUAAGGAGUUAUGACUUGAUGGGGCACAUGCUCAAAGUUUACAUCUACAGUGAAGGUGAAAAGCCGGUAUUCCAUCAGCCUUUGAUGAGAGGCAUCUAUGCCUCAGAAGGCUGGUUUAUGAAACUAAUUGAAGGAAAUAAAAAAUUUGUUGUGAGGGACCCCAAGAAAGCUCAUUUAUUCUAUUUACCUUUCGAUUCGCAUAUGCUAAGGUUGACUAUUCCUAGACACUCUAUCCAUGGUAAGAGUAAGACAGUCCUAGAAGAAGUUUUGCAGAGCUACGUUGGUUUAAUUUCUAGAAAGUAUCCUUUCUGGAAUAGAACGAAAGGGGCAGAUCAUUUUCUUGUUGCUUGUCAUGACUGGGCCCCCAAGCUCACAAAACAGUGCAUGAAGAAUUGCAUCAGGUCUCUUUGCAACGCACAUGUCGAUAGAGAAUUCGAAAUUGGCAAGGACACCAGUCUACCUGUGACAUAUAUACGUUCCGUGGAGAAUCCUCUUCAGGAUCUUGGAGGAAAACCUGCUUCAGAAAGAUCUAUCCUGGCCUUCUUUGCCGGGGGCUUGCAUGGCUAUCUCCGACCAAUCCUGCUACACUACUGGGCAAACAAAGAACCCGACAUGAAAAUCUUUGGCCCAAUGCCGCAUGAUAUUGAAGGCAAAAGAAUGUAUAGGGAAUACAUGAAGAGCAGCAAGUUUUGCAUAUGUGCCAGGGGUUACGAGGUCCACACGCCUCGAAUAGUUGAGGCCAUAUUCUACGAGUGUGUGCCAGUCAUCAUAUCAGACAGUUACAUGCCUCCUUUCUUUGAAGUAUUUAAUUGGGAGGCAUUUGCAGUUUUCAUACAAGAGAGGGACAUCCCCAAUUUGAGAAACAUUCUGCUCUCAAUCCCGGAAGACAAGUACCUUACAAUGAUGUCGAGAAUAAAAAUGGUGCAACAACAUUUCUUCUGGCACAAGAAACCCAAGAAGUACGACUUAUUUCAUAUGGUACUUCAUUCAGUCUGGUACAACAGAAUUCUUCAGUUAAAAACCAGAUGAAGAUGCGAGUUUUUCAGGUUCUUUGAUGCUAAAAAAGAAGACCGGUGAGUGCAGAUUAAAAGGUUUCUGUAAACAAGCAGCAAAGAAAGAGAUACACAGAAACCACACUGACUACUGAAUCUUUUGCCACUGAAAUUGAAUUUGAAGCUACCAGAGGGAUUCAUUCAAGUACAAGGAAAUGGUCGUCGGAUUGUCAUUUAUGGUCGUCGGAUUCAUUCAAGUACAAUUUCAACUCCGAUAGCGAGGACGCGUGUAAAUGACCAAUGGUUAGGGCCGGCCUAAUCAGCUGCAGGUUUCGACCGCACAGGGUUCAUAAAACUCUAAGGCCGGCCCAGCCAGCGACGUCAUAAUAUUCACCUAAGGAAAACAAUAAUCUCUUGAUCGAAAGUUUUUAUUUCUGGUAGGACUGUAUGUAGAAGAAAAGUGUACAACAACAAUAAUAUAGAACUGGACCAAAAGUAUGGACAUCCAAUUGAAGUUAAAUAGAUCAAAAUGUUCACUCUUA